UAACAGAAGCCAAAGAAUUGUUGGUACAGGAAGUAGAAAUGUGCAGGAUCAUACAUACCCCAGACAUCCUGCCACAAGGUGUCAAUAUUUCUGUUAAUAAUAAUAUAUUAAAUAAAAAGGGAACACCAGUGCUCUCUGUGUGUGUGUGAUGGGGGGAAUUUAACUUCUGCAUUAAAAAAUUAAUAUGAUGAGGGGCAUCUGAGAGCUGAUAUCUUUCUUAAAUCAUUGCUGUGAGUUCACUCAAGUGGAUCUGUCUUCAAAUUUCUAUUUUAUGUGACACGUCCACGUAGCAAGCACCAAAGGAGAAAGCGAACAGUACAAAAGCCCUAGAGGCUUUUCCAGAUGUAUCCUAUCAUGCUAGGUAUACUAAGGGUGCUGAUAGAGACAUAUGGAAAUGCUAAAAAUUACCUUUCAGUAACAUAAGUUUGCCUUUCAGUAGCUCUUUGUAUCUGCAGUUUUAUUAAAAUGUCACUAGUGUACGCCUUGAAACCUCAGUUAGGCAAUCUACAGUAGAGUCACUUGUCUCAGCGAGCACAACGAGACGUGCAGAUCUGGAGAAUCAUCAGAGGAAGAGAGCUGCUUUUGCCUGGUACCUCCAGUCCUCCUCCUCACUUCAUCUUAAAGCUGGGAACCAUGAGGUUGUUCUUGUACCUGCUCUUCCUAAUGAUGAUCAAGUCCUUGAGGAGCUUUAAUGUUGACACUGGCAAGAAGUGGAUCACACCGCACACAGACUCUCUGUUGUGGCCCAAGGUUCUUCAGCACUCAGAUGGGAACACAACCAUGAUUUUAGUUACUUCCUCAGUAGACAAGGGGUUGGGCAGGCUGAGAAAGUGCACUGUUUUGCAGGACAAGAUCCAGUGCAAGGAGAUACCUUUGCAAGGAAAAAUUAAAGGCUCCAAAAACAUCCAGGAUGGUGGCAUAGCUAUUGACAGGAAUUCCGACUGGAUCCUGGCUUGCCUGCAGAAGAAGCAUCGCCGGGCCUUCACCACUACAGAGGACCUGAAUGGAGUCUGUACUCUGCUCACCGCCGACUUGCGCAGCACGGCUUUCCUCAACCUCACCAAGAUGGUUGAGACCAAAUUAAGCGGCAUUCAAAACAGAAACAGCAAAGGCAAGUUUACUGCCACCAGCAGCUCUAUGAGCACAAACAACGUCAGCAUUACUUGUGGUGAGCACUUUGGCAGUGCAUGGAGCAACCACAUGUGCAAAGAACCGGGAACAGAGAUUGCUGUCAUUCUGGGUGGAUCAGAGAACACCAAGUCAGAUGAUUUCCAAAGCACCAAGAACUCAGUCAUCAAUAUGAUGAAGUCAACGUGGCAGAAAUGCUCAAAGGUCAGGUUUGCUGUGGUGCAGUAUGGAGAACAGACGCAGACUGAACUGAGCCUGCAAGAAAGCUGCAACAGAUUAACUGCUCUCUUCAAGGUCCAAAAUAUGAAACAGCAGAGUUCACAGACUGACAUUGCAGCCACACUGCAGCAUGUAUUGGAUAAAGUCUUUAAUGACAGCCAUGACUCCAGACAGACUGACAAGAUAAUCAUUGUCAUGGUAUCUGGACAAGUGUUUUUAGAAAACCAUCAAUUGAGAAAUGUGACGAACUCCCUCAAAAUGGCUAAGGUCAAACUCUGUGCUCCUAAGAUUGGAGAGUUCAUUAGCAACCAGUGGGUCCCAGAAGAGCUGCAGAAGGAUAGAAGUGUCAUGUCGUCUGCAUAUGAAGAUUUUGACAGUUUCCUUUCAGAGCUGCAGAGAGACACUCUGAUUGAGUCAGCUGAAAAUAUUCCAACUGAGACACCAGGACACAGAAACAUUAAUGACAAUGGUGGCAGCACGCUCCCUUCCUGGAUGGAGAGCGACAAAGAGGAGGAGGAGGAAAAUGGCUUGCGCUCUGGGACAGAGAUUGCUUUUAUUUUGGAUGGAUCAGGGAGCAUUGAACCAGACGAUUUUGAAAGAGCAAAAGCAUUUAUCCACAAGAUGAUGAAAACACUGUAUGAGAAGUGCUUUGAGUGUGAUUUUGCAGUGGUGCAGUAUGGCUUUGAAAUCAAAACUGAGUUUGACCUGCGAGAAAACUGGAAUCCAAAUGCCACCCUCCAGAAAGUACUUGAUAUUGUGCAGGUGUGCAAUGUGACAAAAACAGCAUCUGCCAUGCAACAUGCCCUGGAUUCUAUCUUCAUUGAAAGUCACGGAUCCCGGAAGGAUGCAGCCAAGAUCAUGAUUGUGCUUACAGAUGGGGAAAUACUCCUGGAUGAAAUGAACUUGACAACAGUGAUAAAUUCGCCCAAAAUGGCAGGAGUUGAGCGCUAUGCUAUUGGGGUGGGGGAUGCCUUCAAAAAACCAAAGGCCCUGAAUGAGUUGCGGCUAAUUGCAUCUGGUCCAGAUGACACUAAUGUAUUUCAGGUGACCAAUUAUUCAGCAUUAGAUGGGCUGCUUUCAACCCUGCAGCAGAGUAUUAUUGGGAUAGAAGGUACUCAAGGUGAUGCUCUGGAAUAUGAACUGGCACAAUCUGGUUUCAGUGUGCAGAUUUUGGAUAAGCGAGUCUUAAUGUUUGGUGCUGUGGGUGCCUUUGACUGGUCUGGUGGAAUUCUGCUGUAUGAUCUGGCAACCAAGACAGCUGUUUUCUUGAAUGAAUCAAAAGAAGAAGCCAAAAAAGCAAAGUACAGUUACCUAGGAUACAGCGUGGCAGUGGUGCGCACAGGCUACGGACCUUUGUAUGUGGCUGGAGCUCCGCGGCACAGCAUGACAGGGAAGGUAUUGGUGUUUCAGGAUGGCCACUUGAAACAAACCCUGCAAGGAGAACAGGUCGGAUCUUAUUUUGGCUCUGAGCUCUGCCCACUUGAUGUGAACCGUGAUGGGGAGACAGAUCUUCUCCUUGUUGGAGCUCCAUUUUAUCACAUCCAAGGGGAAGAAGGAAGGGUUUACGUCUAUCGCCUGGAGACAGAGACUGGUUCAUUCACCUUGGAAGGACAUUUAAAUGUGCAGGUGACCACUCAGUUUGCAAGAUUUGGGUUUACUGUGGCCAGCAUUGGAGACAUCAACGGGGAUGGAUAUGAGGAUAUUGCAGUUGGAGCCCCCCUUGAAGAUCAUCUUUCAAACAGUUCCUCUUUUGGCAGCAUUUACAUCUUUAAUGGUGAAAAGGACAAGAUCAAGAGCUCUUUUUCUCAAAGAGUAAAAGCCUCUGAAAUAUCAGCAGGACUCCAGUAUUUUGGACAAUCCAUUGAUGGUGGCUUUGAUUUCACUAAUGAUGGUCUCCAAGAUAUUGCAGUAGGAUCACUGGAGAAUGUAGUUGUACUCCGCUCGAGACCAGUUGUUCACUUUCUCACCAGUAUGAGAUUCAACCCCGAGAGAAUAUUAAUUUUCCAGAACAGCAGCAUUGUUACAGCAAAACUGUGUUUCAAUAUAAUCUCAGCUUUACCAGUGUCUCAACAAGUGUUUUCACAGUUAUACAUUCUCUACACGGUGGACUUAGAUGUGAAAAUGGCAAAGAAGAGAUUACAGUUUAAGGAUCAGAACACCACAACAAGUGGAAAGCUCUUAGUCAGAGAGCACACAUCAUGCUCUGAGCUGCAGCUUUUCACGCUGCCAUGUGACUUUGACUGUUUUUCCAAUGUUUAUCUGAGAGUUAAAUAUGAGCUCUGUGAGAAAAACGAUAGUACGGAGUUUGCUGUUCCUGUGCUUGAUAAAUAUCAGCCAUCAGAAAUGCAUUUUCAGUUGCCUUACAAGAAGGACUGCAACAAGACCAUCUGUACUGCUCAUUUAACUUUGACAAGUCAGAUCCAAAGAGAAUUAGUGGUGGGCUACACUAAAGAAGUGUCCAUGAAUUUUUUACUAAAUAACAGUGGAGAUGACUCAUACAUGACAACUAUGGUCUUGAACUAUCCUAAAAAUCUCCAUUUUAAGAAGGUGACAGCCGAGCCAUCCUCUCCUGCUAUUCACUGUGGCCAGCCAAUACCCUUCACUUCUGUGGAGUUAUCCUUGAACUGCAGAAUUGGGCAUCCAGUGUUCAAGAAGACAACUGCAAACUUCUCUGUGAUUUGGCAAUUAGAUGAAAGUGUAUUCCCAAAUAAGUCUGCAAUCACUGUUAAUAUCACCAACAUAAAUGAAAAUAGCACCAUUCUGACUGAAAAACAUGUCCUUGAUGUCAGAUAUGCAUUCACUGCAGUUCUUACCAAGCCAGUUUCUUUAAUGUACAUGAACGUUCGCCAAGGACUACUUGAAAACAAAGAAUUUAAAUUUAAUAUAAAUGGAGAAAACCCCUUUAAUGCUACCAUCAAGUUACAGAUUUGGGUUCCUGUCAGUGUACAAGGUCAGAACAUAGCAACUGUCAAAAAUGCAUCAGGAACACAGGGUACAACAGAGUGCAGAGUCAGCGAUGAACUGGUGCCUCAUCUAAGGGACUAUUCCAACAGCGCAGAACUAGAGGUCACACAGGACGUGGAGUAUCAGUGCGUGUAUUGUUCCAUCCAAGCAGAUAAUGAAAACAUCACCGUGGCAGCUGAAUUGUCCUUAAUUAACGCAGACCAGUUCUUGAAAAGAAGAAUUGACCUCCUGAUCCCUGGAAAAAUCACCUUCAACAGGCAACUAUAUCAGGGGCUGAAAGAAGAGGAACAUAAUGCUGAGAUAACUCUUAUCUUCCUGAAAGAGGAAGUGUUUGAUCCUGUACCUACUGUCAUAGGAAGCUCUAUUGGUGGACUUCUCUUGCUGUUGUUCAUUAUUCUGCUCCUCUGGAAAUUUGGCUUUUUCAAAAGAAAAUAUAAGAUCAUGAUGGAGCAAGAAGAUACGAGCAAGAAGAUACUUCCUGAAGACUAAGCUGGCCAAAGCAGAACCCUCUGCAUUCUGUCACCGUCUUUUUGGAAAUACCAGAGUCAAAGUCUGGCUAAGAUGCAAAAUGAUUCUUGUUCCCUGAGCUGGGAUAGAUCUAUAGGACUCCAGACUUUGGGACUCCUCCAAGUUCCUGUUCUGACCAUAGGGGCCCUGCGCUUUUGGGCAAUCUAGUUGCGUGCUUGUUUCAUUUGAGCUCACCACUCAUCAUAGAAGGGCUGUCUGGCAUUGAUAAACUAGACUCCCCAUGACAUAUUUUGCUUUAAUGUAGAAAUGCUAGGAAAAAAUCAGCUUGGAGCCUGUUAUAUUGGAUUAUAGUCUUAAUUGUGAUGCCGAGUGGUUCUUAAAAUGAUUUUAAUACUGAGUAGCUUCAGAAUAGAUUAAAAUAGAAAUAGAUUAGUGGAAGCUUCCUAUUCUGCUAUUGCUAAUGAAAAUGUAGAGCCAAGCAUUUUGCAUACAAGUGUAUAUACUUAUAUAUGAGAAUAUAUAUAUAAAUUUGUCUAUUUUAAUACAGUAGAAUAUGUUCCUUGAUAUCUCUGGUUCUUGGAAUGAUAAGUAUGUAUGUGGCGAUUUGGGUAUUGUACUUUACAGGGUCAUUUCUGGUUUUGCAUUUUCAGUUGCUUUCAGAUCCUGAUAUGGUCACAAAUAAAAAUUUGCAUUAUGGGCCUAAUUGUCAAUUUAGGCAGUCUCCUCUUGUAUGAAAUGUCUCCUCUUGGCUUUUUCUGUCAUGUUUGGCUAACCAAAAACCUCACAAAUCUAAUAUGUAUUUACACACAGCAGUAGAAUAAACACAGAUUUUUGUCCAGACCUUCAGAAGGCAAAACUGUUCGCUAUCUCCUUUGGCUUAACCAGUAUUGCCUGAUGGAAAACUAAAGUUAACAAGCUGUGGUCUGCCCUUCAGUUUCCUUGUGUAAUUUGUGUUUAGUACUUGGAUAGUGCUAUUAAUAUAUCUCUUCAAAGCUAUUACAGAGAUCACUUUCAUGAUGCGUUGGGCAUUCUGCAGGCUGUACAACUCUGGAUAUGUCCCACCUCUAAAUUUGGCUGCCAAACAGGUGGAAGUUAAAGGUGCUAAGCACACUGGCCUGCCUGCUUAGCACAAAAGAAAAAACAACCAGAGGAAGGUAUUAGCUGAGGAAUGUAAGGCCCCCAUGUCAGUUUCAGCUGUAUAAGACAGAGAGGUGGUGAGAACUUGUGCUGUGGACCAGCUCAGUCAACUCAUUCUUUCUUGAUUUUUUCUCUCCUCUGGCUGAUUGUAGAGUUCCUUGGAGCUGCAUACAGGGUGUGAGUCACUCCAAGUCUGUUUACAAGUGUCAGGGAUUGAGACUUAAUAGGUUCAGAAAGAAAAGUCUCAUCUGAAUCAAAGAACCACUUAUGGCAGGGUUUUUUUAUCAUAACAGCUCUGUACCAUUUGGAAAGAACGUGCUUUGUCUGGUUUGAAUGGCUUUACUGUCCCCCCUAACUGUGGUACUCCUCUUUUUUUGUAAUAUUUUAUUUUUUCUUUUUUAAAAUAAAUUCUUUCAAAAGAACCCUGCCUGUGUAUAACACUUCAUGAUUAAAGGUGGUUUGUGUAUUUUGUCGUACCAUUUCCCAGGUAGCAUUGCAGGUCUCUGGAGCUACUGUCCAUCUCUCAGUCCAUGUUUUGGUAGA